AUGAGUUACAACUGUAAACAACGUGCGGCGCCAAUUCAUUCAGUGCCAGCUCCACUGCCAGUUGCCCCAUGGAUAAUGGUCUGCGUAGUGAUGGCCAUCGAAUGCUCCGUGAUGCAGUCCAAAAUGUUCAUGAUGGUGGUGAUCAUGAUGGCCAUAAUGAUGCGAGUGCCACGAAUCAUGCCAACCGUCGUCCCACCAACCGGAUGCACUAGCUGCUGCCAGUACUGCUGA